UAAAUGUAUAUGCACCCAAUAACAGGAUGCCUGGCUAUUUAAAACAAAUGUCAAUGGACCUAAAUGGAGACACAGAUACCAAUACAAUAAUGAUAGGGGACUUCAACACCAUAAUUUCAUAAGUGGACAGAUCAAUAAGACAAAAAAAUGUAGUCCAGGAGAAAAAUGGCAGAGGUAGCAGCAACUGGGUCCAGGGUUUCUCGGCUUCUAGGUCAGUCCUGCCUACAGGUGGAAUGGCCUAUAUCGAUCAGUGCCCAUGGUGAGGAGGGCUCAGCUUGCAUGCGGAAGGCCCUCACCUACUUUGUUGCACUCCCUGGCAUGGGCAUGUGCGUGAUCAUGCUGAAGGUCUACCUGAAGUGAAACUAAAGAGAGUACAAGAGACCCAGGUUCACCGCCUAUCCCCGUCCCUGUAUCAGGAUGAAGUCCUUUCCCUGGGGAGUUAGGGACCAUACUCUAUUCUAUAAACCUCUUGUGAAUCCAUUUCCAGCUGGCUUUGCAGAUGAAUGA